GUCAUCGAGCCACUACGGUGUUCGAGCUCAGCUCAUGGUCAGUUCAUGCUCGUGCCAAUGUCUGUGAGGUAUAGCUGAACUGGACCCUGCAUAUUUUCUUUUCUUUCUACCAGCAGAUAUUUUUCCUUUUGAAAUUUUCUUCUUUCACACAUUUGUCCACAUCCGAUAACUAUAUUGCUUGGGUUGGCAGGCAUCAACGCCUAACUAUCGCCAGCUUUGUUAGUGUCGCGUGUCAGCUUUCAUUACGAGCUCUUCUUUGAUAUUUGCCAUGCUCAACAGCCUCCUGUACCUGCGGUAGUACAUUGAUCUCAAAUUACCCUGAAGAGCGGCCCAAAGCGUCUUCUCUCAUCUCCUCUAUCUGCAAGUCUUUAUCGAGCAACUCGGCCGCAUCAACGCCAUGCUAGACCCUUUCCUCCCAGCGCCGCCGGUGCUAUCGAAACUCGUACAACCACUCGCAGACUAUCUUUCUCUACCAACGCUUCCGCUACAUGUACACGAGGUGCUCUUCGCUUUCGUCUUGUAUCAUGUCGUCAACACGCGCAUCUCGCCGUAUGUUUCCGCUCGAUUGUUUCCCCAAAUUUACCCUAAUCUGCCUCCUAAAACGCGGGUAAAUUGGGACGUUCAUGUGGUUUCGUUGGUACAAUCUUCCUUCAUCAAUUUCAUGGCAUUAUGGGUAAUGUGGAAUGAUGAAGAGCGGUACAAUAUGAGCUUGACGGAGCGUAUCUUUGGAUAUACUGGUGCCUGCGGCAUGAUUCAAGGGUUUGCCGCGGGAUACUUUCUUUGGGACUUGAUGGUUAGCUUGCAGCAUGUGCGGAUGUUUGGACUCGGCAUGCUUGCACAUGCUAUCUGUGCCCUGGUAGUAUUCAGCUUUGGAUUUCGUCCUUUUGUGAACUACUACGGCCCGACAUUUAUUCUCUAUGAACUCUCAUCUCCGUUCCUCAACUUCCAUUGGUUCUUUGACAAACUCAAUAUGACGGGUUCUCGACCCCAGCUCUACAACGGCAUUCUCCUGCUCGCUAGCUUCUUUUGCUGCCGCAUCAUUUGGGGCACGUACCAAUCUGGGCGUAUCUUCAUGGACAUGUUCCGAGCGAUACUCAUGCGCUUUUCAGGCGAUAUGCAUCUGCCGCUUUGGCUGGCCGUCACGUAUCUCAGCAGUAACGUCGUCCUGAACAGUUUGAACUAUUAUUGGUUCAACAAGAUGAUUGAUGCCGUACGCAAGCGGUUCCAGCCGCCCAAGGAAGACAAGGAGAAACAAAAACAAAAGGGCGACGUACCAGCUAGCGUCACUUCCGGCGUAGAUGCGCAAGGCCAUCAUGUGCUUAGUGUAGAGAAGACGGAAACUGCGACUACGCGGUCGCGGAGAAGAGGUUGA